AUUAUUUAAUGUAUUUAUCCGGCUCCAGUAAACUCAACUCUCCCCCUUUGUUCAGCACCUCUGCUCAAACAGCUGAUAACGAAGUGACCUCCAUUGCGCAUGCCCUGAUAAUUGGACUUGCUCCACGUAGACGCCUGACAGCUAAUCAAAGCAAACCAGGUUUUUCUUCAGCCAGCUGUCAAAACUCAUUCCCCGUGAAGUGAAGCUUUUGCCAGGAUUACUUAGCGUUGGAAAGGAAUAUUACAUUGCUAUAUAGUCCAGAGGAACCCUCCAAGAGUGCCGCCCAUCGAGUUGAUGCCGAGAAGCAGCAGUGGCGUUUGGGGCCAGCAGGUUAGAGCCGGACAAUCUGGCCAGGAUGAGGCUGCUCAAGGAACUGAUGCGUGUGGCCACCCAACAUCGCGCCUUCUAUUGCUACGUGCUGCUCAGUGUAUGGAUAUUCCUUUUAAUAGCAGGAAUGUAUCGCUACAUGGGCAAUGUUGAAUCGAAUCCAGGAGGUGGCUCUGUUUUUGGGCCCAGUUCAUCGGGCACCAUCAGUUCCUUGGGCGGCGAAUCCUUGGCCUCCUCGACAACCCAUCGAUUCGCAAAGUUCAGGGAACGCUGUGCUCCGCUGUCUCAACUGCAACGGUUGGAUGACGGCGGCAUCUUGGAGGGUUGGAAGCUUCAGGGAGUGCUCCUGGUCAUCAGGCACGGGGAUCGAGGACCCAUUUCGCAUGUCCGCAGUGCUGGCAUCAAUUGCGGCGUGAGUGGGGGCCAAGAUAACCUGGUGAACAGAUAUCGCAGCUUUUUGUACAACUCGAGUAGCUCGGCAUCGGGCUCAAAUCACAUGUACUGGAACAAGGUGGGAGCUUUCCACGGGUUUCCCCUGCUCCCGGCCACGGAACGUGGUUGUCCUUUGGGUCAGCUUACCUACAAGGGCAUUUCGCAGCUACUUCACGUGGGCGACAUCAUGCACCAGGUUUAUGCCCAUCCACUGGGUCUCCUGCUCAAACCGAAUCCCAAUCGUGCUUCGGUGGAAACCACUCCGCACACGCUUCUCAAUUCCGAUGAAGUGGUGGUCUUCACCACUCGCUAUCGGCGCACCUUUCAAUCGGCCCUGGCCAUGUUGUUCUCCCUGCUGCCUGCGGAUAAAUGGAUGGCUCUGAAUAUCCGCGAAUCCCACAGCAUGGCCUUCUGUUUCGGGGAGUGUAGUUGCCCCCAGUCGGCUCUCCUGCGGAAACGCUUAGAGGCCAUGGGCGAUAAGCAGCUCCUGAAACGUUCCGAAGUCCUGGAAGUGAUGAAGUGGAUCGGAGGCACCAUACUACAGCACACUCCAAAUGGCAUAAGUAAUCCCUUCGAGGUGGUGGAUGCCCUGUUGACAGUUCUCUGCCACGAUGCUCCUUUGCCAUGUCGUAGAAAAAAGCAGGUUUCCACCCCAAAGUCACUCAAAAAGAACCCUAAUCAGGAACUGUUGGAUGUGAUUAAUAUAGAUCAGGAUGAAACGGUUGCCAAUCCCGUACAGGAAGUACAAAACCAGCCUGAACCUGAUUCUCCCGAGGUGGAAAACGGAAAUCCUUUGAUGCAGGCCGACGAAUCCCAAGAAGGUUGCGUUGAACCUGCCCAGGUGGACACCCUGAUGUCCUUUGCCGAUGAGCUUUCGCAACGAUCUGCCGCUCACUCUUACUAUAAGCUAUCCGGACUGCUGCGAUCCUACGGCAUGAUCCGCCACAUAGUCAGCUAUAUGCUCAAGAUGAUCUCCGGCGAUAGGACAAAGUUUGUUUUAUACUCCGGCCAUGAUUGUACGAUGCAAUAUCUGACAGCUGCCUUGGGAAUAAUUACCAGCCAGGGUCAAACUAUAGCCUAUGCCUCCAGAUUGGCAUUUGAAGUUUAUCGGAGUGAAGCCCAUACCGAUUAUUAUUUCCGAGUGGUUUACAACGGCAGAGAUGUGACGCAACAGAUAGAUUUCUGCGAGGGAGGAAAGAGCCUGAGGGUCACCAGAGAUUCGAGAGGAAAUAAAGCCGACCUGUGUCCCAUAGAAAACAUCAUUCGUUUCCUGCACGAGGAUUACUUCAGUCCACUUAAUGCCACCAAUUUUAAAGAAGCUUGCGGAGCUGUCAAUCCUCCAAAGGCUGGGGAGUUUUAGAUACCCCAGUAGCUGAAAAGUAGAAAAGCCCUUUUCAAACUGUGAUAAGUAGUUAAGAUUCCACCCGAAAAACGAGGAGAGCAACGUCCAGCUUAUCCCAAACCGGAAACGACCGCUUUUUAGCGAUGUUAUCUUUUUUACACUUAGUCGAAACUUAGUUAAUGCAUUCAACUUGUUGAUCCACAAAUCGAAAACGAUACAUAUCAAAGGAGCACUUGUUAGCUAUUAAGGGGGGAAAUACAAUUAGAAGGCCUGAAAUGAGGGCUAUCUUUGGGAGUGGAUUGCAAGUAGAGUAUUAAAUGAAUCUUAGUGAUUC